GACAUGGUGCGAUGAAUAUGCCCGAAAGCAACAUGGCGGAUAGUGAGGGCAGGGAGUUGGUGUUUAAGUGAAAUCGAAAACAGUCCGAGUCCAUGUACAAAUAUAUUGUUAUUUUAGUGAUUGGGGUUGACAGGAAGGCGUUUCUUGCUGACUUUAGAAUGCACUGGAAACCAGGUAGCAUUGAGGAAAUGUAACGCACUGGACUUGUUUAGCUUGGAGGCUAACGAAUGAGCGAUGCACGUCGGUUUAAACGUAAACAUCCGGUCGCUGUUUGGCGCAUGUCUGUGCGGUAGAACUCAGCUUGUUUGCUAUUUAAAAUCCCUCCUGGCUCCUGAUUAAUCAACAUUAAUCGGAAGAAACCUGUUUUUUUUCUUUCUUUCUCUGGAUUACAUAUGAUUACAUACAUAUAAGUAGGGUGCUGUGAUUAAUUUCCACAGACAGCCAUGAUCUCAAGUCUGGAAGUUUCUUGUUCUGGAGCUGACCUUUGUUUUACUGUAAUCUUUAAACAUUAUGUUCCUGCAUUGGAGAUAAAACAAGGCCCGGAAGCGUUCACUUUCACAGCAAAGAUGAUCUGCAGCUGAUUUUUCCUGACUUGGAGUUGGCAUUGAGGAGAUCCUAAUAUGGGUUUGCUUCACUUUGUCUUCAGUGUUUUUGGGAAGUGCAUUGACCUCAUUUGUUUGCUUUUGGACAUCAAUUUCAUACUUGUGAACUCACUGGUCCGGUUGUUUGCGACACUCAUCCACCUGGUCGGUAGUGUACCAAUGCUGCUGACUAACUCACUGCAGGAAUGUGUGGAUCUCUCGCUGUUUUACCUGAUCACCAUGAUGGACGGCAUGACCGUCGUGACCCACAAUGUGAUCGGAGGCUGGAUGCAGCUGCUUGGUGGAUUGCUCGAAAGCUGCAAAAUGAUAGGCUACUUGUCUACGCAUGUACUGCUGCGCACCAAAGAGCUUCUGCAUCGUGGGCUGCUCUCUGGACAAGGCUUUCUGAGGCAGAUCUGUGAGGGCUGCGGUAUUGUGUUUAGCCUCUUGCUUUACUUUGUCAACACCAUCAUCAAUCUUCUGCUCAUAGGAACGCAGAACCUGUACGCUCUGGUGCUCGGCAUGGUCGAAGCCGUAGCCAGCCCUUUACAUAAAGCUCUCGAGCUUGUCUUGACUGUCUUUACCUUCUUCUACAGCACCCUAGUGGGCACCUCGCUUCUACUCUGGACACCAUGCAGGCUAGCCGUGGAGUUUGCCAGCUCUUUAAUCAGUGUCUUCUUGCUAAACUCCUAUGGACUGCUGCUGACUAUGGCCAUAAUCAUAAGUGCCACCAUCUACCUAAACCCUGCUCUGUGUCAGAGCGUAGUUCGACGAAUAGCAGACCAUGUUAACGGGGCGCCCGCUCUGCAGCGGCUUCACAGAACUCGACAGAGGUUGUACUUACUGGAAAGACACUUGCGGCAAGCCACAACCUGGGUGCACAGUCGGCUUGGUCUUUGGAUGACCUUUGCAGGAAGAGGAACUCUCAGAACAGGAGACGGGACGGUCCAGGAAGUCAACACCGAGCACGACCCUACCGACGUGCUUGAAGGAGAAGAAACGAGGGACGACAACGAUGCUGCAGAUGAGCCCCAAGCGCCACCUCCAGCUCCUGAACCCUCAGAUCAGACGCUCCCGAAUGCCCGCUCUCACAGGCCGCUUCGAAAAAUGGCAUCCGAAGACGGCUGCAAAGCCGCCCCUGCUGACAGCCUGCUCACACUCCUACAGGAGCAAGAGGAGAGAAAGAAGUGCGUCAUCUGCCAGGACAGCACCAAGACCGUCGUGCUUCUGCCCUGCCGCCACUUGUGUUUAUGCAGAGACUGCACCAACAUCUUGCUGCGCCAACCCAUCUACCAGCACAACUGCCCACUGUGUCGCCACAUGAUCCUCCAAACCAUGGACGUUUAUCUCUGAAAAACUGAACUAAACGUGGCGACGAAUCUCAGGGUAAUGCACGGCUGGUUUCCCAUUGUGCAAAUUCUGUUGCCCAUUCCACUGUGCUGAAUCUUUUUGCUACUUUUGAUUGUAUAUAAACUCUCAUGAAUGUUCCCUUUUAUACACACACACACACUGAGGCUUGCCACCACGACACAGCCCUUUCGUAUGUAGUGUUUUCCUUUCAUGAUUCCGCUUUUCUACUGACGCACACUAAUAUUUUAUACUGGAGUGUUGAAUACAUGAUUGUAAGAUUUACUUGGAGAAAGAACAAUGCGAGGGUUAGAAUCACUUUAUUUCUAUCAGUACAGUAUACACUAAACAUGAGCUAAUAUUCAGCAACAUGUUUGUGACUCAGUACUCCAGCCUUAUAAUGUGAACGUCUCGUAUUCCCCGGCUCCUCAAAUUACAAAUGAUUUUCUACAAGUCCCAUUUGUUGAACUGCUUUAUCGAUUUGCGCCGAGUGGACAUAACGAUAUUUCGGGAAGUAAUUUUUUUUUUCUUGUGUUUAUAUAAUGAUUGUUUUGUCCUUCUACUGCAAUGGCUUGAUUUUGUGUGUUCGUUCAUGUUCUUUUGAAUCAAUGCAUUGUGAAUUGAAUUGUGAUUUGAUAUUCAGAAAUCCAAGAGCUUUUCAUGUUAUUUUUUUAUAUGAAAGUGUUUAAAAAAACACAUUUCUGAUGAAAGAAUUAAAAGAGAGAAUCUGACCCAAA